AGGUGAUCCAAAUAAACACAUACAAUUAAAGAAUAUAUAAGCCUCUAAUUAAGAGAGAGUUGAGUUUAGGAUCAGAGAUGGGUUUGGUGAUGAGGAGCUUCGAUCUUUACUUGAUCAUUGUGAUGUUGAUGGGUUUGGGGUUUACGAUAUCAAAUGGGUACAAGUUCUAUGUUGGUGGAAAAGAUGGUUGGGUCCUUACUCCUUCCGAGGAUUAUUCUCAUUGGUCUCACCGAAACAGGUUUCAAGUCAACGACACUCUUCAUUUUAAGUACAACAAGGGAAAAGAUUCAGUGUUGGAGGUGAGUGAACAAGAGUAUAACACAUGCAACACCACCCAUCCAUUGACUUCUCUCUCGGACGGGGACUCUUUCUUUCUACUUAGCCGCUCAGGUUCCUUCUUUUUCAUCAGUGGCAACUCUCAAAACUGUCUCAAAGGCCAGAAGCUAGCUGUCAAGGUCAUGUCCACCGCCCAUCACUCUCCUCGUCACACCUCUCCCUCCCCUUCUCCAUCACCUUCACUGGCUCCGGUCCAACAGGUUUUGUCGUCGCCGGGGCCUUCUCCAGGACCUGAACCAUCGUCUGAUUCAAACGAUCAUGCUCCGGCUCCAGGCCCUGUGUUGGCUCACAAUUCCGCCGGUUUGGUUGGUCCGGGGAUGGUGGUUUUUAUGAUUAUGAUAACUUCUAUGUUCUAAGGGGUUUCCAUAUUGUCGCUUGUGAUCAUUAAUAUUAAGUUCUGAGAGCAUUCCUCUACAAUUGAGUUUCAUGUUUCUCUGCCUAUUCUGUUAGUAUGUUUGAAGCAUCUGUAACCAUUUUUAAUGUUUUCCCCUGUUUCGUGUUUGUUCUUACUUAAGAAAAUAUUUAAAUCGAGAUUAUGUAUUACUUAGAUGCGAUAUGUUUCUGUUUUAUGUUUUAAU